UUAUAUUGCGUCAUAUAUCCAUCUGCUGCGGAACAUUAUGGCUGUACAUAUAUUCAAGUCUGUUGUCGUAGUGUGCUUGCUAUGUUUCUACAUGAAUGUCAUUGCCCAGAAGUUAAACAAUAUAAUUCCCCAGAAGACUGAAACUGAUAGAAAUGAUCAACUUUUUCAGCCAGAUUUUUGCCCCGCACAUCAAUGUCCACUUCAAUGCAGAAUGGCCAGAAGGCAAUCAAAAUGCAGAGGCGCAUUUGAAAAUGGACAUGUUACACAGGAGUUUAUGAACAGCAUUGGAAACAUGUUCAGAAAUAAAAGCUUUGUUGAAUUUUCCAAAACGAGGCUGAAUGAUGUUCUCAAUGUUGGGUUCCUUGAUGAGCAAAAACUAACAUGUCCAACAUUAAAGAGAUUUGCCAUUGAAAUGGUGACAACGAAGGUCACAAUUAUCCUGGAUAAGAUAAAGAAGAAGAUCUUAGCAUCUACAAACCAAACUUCUGCGAAAGGUCCAGUAGACACUAAUAAUACUACACUACCUAGUGGAAUUGGAAAAGAAACUUAUGAAAUGUAUAGGCCAAGCUAUGCCCAAACAUUGCACAGCUUAAUAAAGAAAGAAUAUUACAGAAUAUUAUUGGGGCAAUCAACACUGGAUAAAGUGUACAGUACCUGUAUUUGUGGAAUAAGUCUACAAUUUGAUUGUAUCACCAGAGAGACAUUAAAGAAUAUGGUUUGCCGAGAUGCUUGUCAAAAUGACCAAACUAUUAAGGAAUGCAAAUGGCCACUUACAGUUCAUCGUAGAUUUGAAGAGUUUUGUAUUAAGGAAAAAUUAGGCAAACUCCCAAAGGGGCCUAUGUCCUCCAUUGACCUGGGCUAUAUGAUGAAUAUGAGCAUGGAAUAUGUGAUUGGACAGCUCAGGCCAAAGUAUACAGCUGAUUUAAUUGUAGAAAGGCAAGAAGAAAUCAAGGAAAGUUGUAAGAAAAUGGGAAUAGCAAGAACAACACAUCUAAGAAAACAGAUCAAGGGUUUUUUAGUACAGAACAAGGACAACAAGACAAUGAGCUCUGCAGUGACCAAGAUUCUGACAGCCUGUGGUGCCAGCAUAGGAGAGCUUGGGCUGUUUGUGUCUGGUGAAGAUCUUGUAAAAGCAUAUGAUCCAAGUGUCAAAAUGAGUCGCAGAGAGGCUGCAAAAAUGAAGAAAGCCCUUCUGACUGAAAAGCAGAACUUGAAAAAUUUAAGUAAAGAGGAAAUCACCAAAUUUCUGCCAUUGAUUGCCCGUGAUCAAAGACAAAUGCAGAAACUUGAUUCCUCCACACUGAAAAGUGCACUGCCAGAGAUCAACAAACUGGAACUGACUCCUUCACAGAGAAUGAAGACAUGGAGAAAAUUAAAGGAAGAUUCAGCAUUUAAAGAUUUAUCUGCAAUUGGUAGAGAUACAUUGUUAGAUCUUGGAGCAACCAUUGGAGCUCUUCAACCUAAGGAGAUCAGGAACAUUCCAGCAGCUGCACUUGGAGAAGCAAUCAGUACUGGAAAUUUGACAGGGGCACAGUUUUCAAGAAAAGCUGCAAGUGAUGUCUUUGAAAAGUUUAAGCAACACCUUGGAAAAAUUACAGGUAACUUAACAGCAGAUGAACUUGAAAAUAUGGGGUCCAAUCUACAUUGUCUAAGGGCCAGGCAGUUUGAAGAAGUUAGUGGGGCUGAACUUCUAAAACUCCUAGAGAACAAGACACUGGAGAAUUCACAAUCAGACCACUGUAGCUUGGACAAGCAUGCCAUAAGGAUUAUUGCUGCCAAAGUGAAGAGCGAGAUAGGAGGGACCAAUGUUUUGAUGACCUCGCCCCUGUUUCGUGGAGAGGUUGGGGUUAUAGAUGACUCGAUCAUAGAUGAUCUCAUCAGUAGACUGAUGGAUGGCAACUCUAUUGAGGACUUCAAGUUCACCAGGAGACAGGCAUUCAAAGUUUUGAACAGUUUGAAGACUGAUUUAGGGCUCCUUAGUACAUGGACAGUGGAACUUGUCAACAACAUUGCUGUCACAAAUCUGUUGGCUUUUGUUACCCCAGCAGAUAUGGAUGACCUCAGAAACAAUCCCAGCAGUAUCGAAUUCCUCCACCUAUUCAACCAAGAUGGUGUUGUUUCUGAAAAAAAUAAUAAAAUGCUGGGGGAGGUUCUGGUGGAGAAGUUUGGUCUUGACAAUUCAUCUGCUGACAUGUCAACUAGUGGACUGACAGAGGAUAUUGUCAGACAAGUGGGAUCUGAAGUCAUAGGGAGACUGACCAAUGACCAGCUGAAGAAAUUAAACAUGACGGACACCAUUACAGAUCUUCUGACCAGUAUUAACUUGAACACCAUUCCCUGUAGUAUUUUACAACAAAGGACUCAAUUUGUCAUUGAAGAAAAGGGUUUCACAAACAUGACUUAUGAGGAUGUGGAGUCACUAGGCAAUCUAAAAUGCGGAUUUAAUUCAUCUCAUGUAGAACUGAUGACAACAGAAGCACUGGCUGGAACUGGGGCUGAAUUUGGAAAAUGUCCAUGCGUGUCUCUUGGUCUAAAAAAGGAGAUUUUUAACAAAAUGAAGCAAAAUCAGAUAAUUGAGUCAUUACCUUCUAAAUACACUGAAGAGGACCUUGCCACCCUUGGGCUUUUGAUAGCAGUUGAUGAUCCUAGUGCCAUAGCAACCAUCAAUACAUCAGCCAUGUUGGCAGGAUAUAGUGAGCUGAUGAAUGAGAAGAGAGCUUUCAAGGAGAUGAGGAGACAGAGAAGGGAGCGGGGCUUUAUCAAUGAUCUCAGUGAGGCAGAGAUAACGGAAGAAAUUGCAGCCAAUAAGGCUCUGGGCAAACUAAUCAUCCAAACCAUCAUAGCCUCCAAGUCACUGAGGCGGAAGAGACAAGCCUCAGGUAGUCUGACUUGUGCAGAAAUCCAGGAGAUGGAUACUGAAACUCUGUCUUCCUUGACUGUAGAACUGAUAAGUGGCCUGGCAGAUGAUCAGUUUGCAGAUUGUGCUUCGGUGCUGGGAGUUGUGUCCGACUACAGCAAAGAACAACUACAGGCUCUAGCAGCAGUUGCUAAACGGCCAGGUGUAUGGGGUGACCCUGCCAACUGGAACUCUUCUAACAUACAGGAAGCUGCUGUGAUAGUAGAGGGACUGUCUCUUGCAGAAAUUAAUCAGAUGUCCUUUGAUCUUAAUGCAGCCAGCAAGUUAGGGGAGUUUGAUGUAUGGAGUGAUGACAAGAAAGCUGCCCUUUUCAACAAAACUUUAAUUGGGCUGAAGUACGUGGAAGCCAAACAAUUGACUGCCUCUGACAUCAGUUCUCUAGGACACAUUCUGUGUGGAGCCACAAUGAGUGAUUUAGCCACUAUUCCUGCAGAUGUUUAUGGAUUAGCUGCUGAAGCUGUGGGAGAAGUAACCAGUUGUGGCUAUAAUAAAUUAUUCGUCUUCAGCAAUCUUGCCAUGUUGUAUUUUGGAGAAGAUGUCACGCAAUGGAAUGCAUCAACAAUCAAUGCUUUAGGUGUUGUCAUUGGGGGACUAGCUGACCAGGUUUCAAAAUUUGAAGAAACACAUCUGAAUGCCAUAGAGGCAAAAUACGUCCAGUAUCUACCAAAGUCCUUUAUUCUAGCUCUCAGCAAUGACCAGCUAGAAAAGCUCACCAUGGAGCAAGCACUAGCACUAUCUACAGAACAGUUGUGUACUUUAGAUCAGACUAAAUGGACCAUUCUAGAGAAAGUUGCAGGCACAACUCUGCAAACUAGUUCCUGUCCUCGUAAAUUAAUUACAACAUCUUCACCAGAUGAAACCUAUCAGGAUACAACUGUGCAAACCAUUUCCAGUACCAAUGAACCAGAUAAAAUCGUUUCCACUACUAGCAAACCAGAUAAAACCGAUCUUGAUUCAACUAUGCAAAUAAGUUCGACUACUAGUAAACCAGCACCGUCUAGUAGUGCCAACUUGGUGCAGUAUAAUAUUGGCUUCCUAAUUAUGUUUCUCAUUUUGACUUUUGUAAUAUCAUAACAAACUUUAUACUUAUAAUGCAAUAAAUUAUUUUUUUAGUAUG